AUGGCGGAGCCUGGCUGUGAGAACUCUCGGGAGGAAAGCCUGGGCACCGGGGAGGAGCCCACAGAAGCUGACCCGAAGGGCCCGAAGCAGAAUUCGCCAAGAGGCCAAUGCCGCCGCCGCCGCCGCCGCCGCUGCCGCCGCCGCUGCUGCUCCCACCCCAGUUUCGCCACCUACUUCCCCAGGGUUCUGAAGCAGGUUCACGAGGGCCUGAGCCUCUCGAAGAAGGCCGUGAGCGUCUUGGAUUCGUUCGUCAAGGACAUGUUCGAGCGCAUCGCCGACGACGCCUCUCGCCUGGCCCGCUCCACCCAGCGCACCACCAUCACCUCCAGGGAGAUCCAGACAGCUGUGCGCCUGCUGCUGCCCGGGGAGAUGGGCAAGCACGCCGCGUCCGAGGCCACCAAAGCCAUCCUCAGGUACACCUUCUGCCACCUCUCGAAGAAGGCCGUGAGCGUCUUGGAUUCGUUUGUCAAGGACAUGUUCGAGCGCAUCGCCGACGACGCCUCUCGCCUGGCCCGCUCCACCCAGCGCACCACCAUCACCUCCAGGGAGAUCCAGACAGCUGUGCGCCUGCUGCUGCCCGGGGAGAUGGGCAAGCACGCCGCGUCCGAGGCCACCAAAGCCAUCCUCAGGUACACCUUCUGCCAGUGA